CUUGAGAUUUUCUUUGAGAAAAAAAAAAAAAAAUACAUAUUAAAAUAAUAUAAGGGGUUGUGCUGCGAUUACCACCACCGGAAUGGUGCAGCAAGAAGGCUGCAUUGGGAACCGGCUAUCCAUCUGGGGGAGGGGGGUAUAACUGGAGCGAUCGCGUAUUCAACGCCCCGUCUGUACUUUCUCCUCCUCUCCGUCUCCUCCCAUUCUGGGAUCGACUGGAAGAGGCAUGAAGAGCAGCAGAAAGGCGCUUUGGCCGACGAUCACUGAUCGUACGCACAUCAUCCACCUGGACCAGUGGGCGGGCGGGCGGUCGACACUGGCUGGAUCCUGCAGGUUUGAAAUCCGGCCUCCAGCCCCCGGUGGGCCAGCCGCACCUAUCAGAAACCCGCCAGCCUUGCCAGAUGCCAACAGCCACUCGGGCCCUUUGCCCAGGAACGCUCCGGCCUGGUAAUGGCCUAUAGUGGUCCGUCACCAGU